UGCUGGGUCGGUGACCCACCGUUUUGUGUUUAUUAAUAUUAUCAUUAUUAUUAUUGAUUAUAUAUUCUAGCUGAGAGGUUUUCUUCCCAUGCCUCCUUGUGUGUCUGGUUAUGUGUCGGUGUGCUCUCUCUAUGCUCUCUUUCAUGUCCCUGAGUCGGUGUCUGCAGUUCUUUCGAUGGUUCCAGUUUUACUUUGAAGAUGACUACAGGAGGACUGCGUGCACCAGUCUUCUGAAGUACAUUGUGGAGAAGGACCAAUAUGUUCAGGGAGAGAGAAUAAGUCACACCAUACAAGCUGUUAAGGGUAAGAAGAAACAAAGCAAACGGCAGUCUAGCCCAGUGAAUAUUUCCCAAACGAUCAACAAGGCACUCAAAGUUUGCGAGGACUUUCUGCAGAGUCUGGAGCACAGUGACAUAGACACUAACUUGGAAACACAGCAAACACCCGCACAGGAGUGGGCAGAGUUUUUAGACAGUUACUAUCUAGUUGUGCAUGGUGGAGCAGAGAUUGAUAGCAGUGAUUAUUUAGUGAUCCACUGCAAGGCUAUGCUGCAGAGGAUGAAGAUAGUCAAUCCCCAGCUGGAGAUAGAAGGCAUCCAUAACAUCUGGAUCAUCAAACCUGGAGCAAAGUCCAGAGGCAGAGGGAUCAAAUGUGCUAAUCGUCUUGACCAGAUCCUCGACCUGGUGAAGGGUGAUCCAAAACUUAUCAAGGAAAACAAAUGGGUGGUACAGAAGUACCUGGAGCGCCCCUUCCUUAUCCAUGACACCAAGUUUGAUGUGCGCCAGUGGUUUCUGGUCACCGACUGGAAUCCUCUGACCGUGUGGUUCUACAAAAAGUGCUACUUACGCUUUUCCACACAGCCUUACACGCUAGAUUCAAUGGACAGCUCCAUGCACUUGUGUAAUAACUCCAUUCAGAAGAGCUUGAGGCCCUUGCUACAGCGGCACGGAAGCAUUCCAGUAGACAAUAUGUGGUCGGUUGACCAGUUCAAGACAUUUCUGUGCACCAAGGACCGGGAAGCUCAGUGGGAUACUGUAGUCGUCCCAUGAAUGAAGAGAGCUCUCAUCUAUGCGUUACAGACAGCACAGGAUCUGAUAGAGUCACGCAAAAACACAUUUGAGCUCUAUGGUGCUGAUUUCAUGCUAGAUCGUGACUUGCAUCCGUGGUUGUUAGAAAUCAAUUCUAGUCCCACCAUGGCUCCAUCAACCCCUGUGACAGCCCAUCUCUGUGCUGCAGUGCAGGAGGACACUUUACGAGUUGUUCUGGAUCGGAGAGUUAAGCGCACAGCAAACACAGGAGACUUCCAGCUCAUAUAUAAAAAGGCAGCUGUGAAAGUUCCUCAGUAUGUGUACAACAGUACGUGUUGAGGGAUUCAGAGUUAAAUGCCCCUACUCGCUUCCUCCCCUGAAGUCCUCCAGCUGUGCAGUGCCAAAACACCGUUCCCCAUCAAAGACAAGAGUCCCUCAGCAGAAAAAGUAAAGUCUCUUCCUAAGCUACCAUUAAAGGAUGUAGCUCAAAAACACCAACUGUGGGUUUCUGCCACCUCCUCGUCUUCUUUCUCUCACCCUAUGAUGGU